GGUCAAACAGAAAUCUCCAUCGCAGAUCCCUCAGCGAAGAGAACAGCGAAGAGAGAGCGCUUGCCAACAAACAUGGUCUCCAAAGCUAUCUUCAUUAUUGCCGUCGGCUUUUUCUUCGUCCCGGCGCGCGCCAACGAGGUGGUGGACGAGGUGAACCAGGUGCUGGACCAGAUGAAGGCGGCCAUCGAGCAGGCCAAGGCGCAGAUCAACCAGGGGGCCGCGGCCGUGGAGGGCGCAGUCUCGGGAGAGCUGGUGGCCGCCUACCAGUCGCUGGACGCCACGGUGGAGCAGGCCGCCCAGAAGGCGGCGGCGGCGGGCAUCGACAUCACGGCCUGCACCGCGGCGCUGAACGCCACGGCCACCGCGGACAUCACGCAGCGCACAGACGACGCCGUCAGCUGCGUCACCAAGGAGAUGACAGACGCGCUCAACUCCGCCGAGCAGGAGCUGACCGCAGUGCAGCAGGCGGAGAAGGACGUGCAGGACGGACAGGCGGCGCUGAAGGCCUGCGACAAGCUGUCCGCCUGGAAGAAGGUCAAGUGCCUGGCCGAGGAGACGGCCAAGCUGGUGAAGCAGGCCAAGGACAUCAAGGAGGAGAUGGUGGCGGCCAAGGAGAACCUGGAGCGCAUCGCCGCCAGCUACCAGCAGGACAUCAAGGCGUGCGAGCAGAGGACGCUGGGCGCCGCCGAGUCGGACGCCAAGACGGCGGGCGAGCGCUUCGUGGCGUGCGUGGUCGCCAAGGGCGUCGGCUUGUGAGGACCUGCCUCGUGGGGUCCUGCAGUCCUCGUCCUCCCGCGCCACCAAGUCUGUGGGGUCCUCACAGCCCCACACUCAACUGUACAUAUCUCCCGGCCUUUCAACAGAAAUAAAACGUCUGUCAUUUCUUUUUUUUAUAUUA